CCCAAUACAGGUUAUAUGAUGGAACCCUCCCUGUGCUAGUCAUCACAGACCCAGAUAUGAUCAAGAAUGUGCUAGUGAAAGCAUUUUAUUCUGUCUUCACAAAUCGACAUCCUUUUGGUCCACCUGGAAUAAUGAAAAAAGGUGUAACACAAUCUGAGAAUGAAGAAUGGAAAAGAAUCAGAUCAUUGCUGACACCAACCUUUAGUAGUGGAAAACUGAAGGAGAUGUUCCACAUCAUCCAAGAAUAUGGAGACUUGCUGGUGAAAAACAUAAGUCAGGAAGUAGAGAAGGGCAAGAAUGUUACAACAAAAGAGUGAGUAGUGGUGCAUG